GAGGCGAUGUAAGGUGACCAUGUCUGUGCGUCUGGCACUUAACUCCGGCCACUGUACGAGCCGGGCCCUAGCCAUUCUCCCCCUAUGGGCGGCUUCACAUCUGUGGGUGGCGGGGGGGUCCCAUCCGCAUCCUUCAUCGGCAGGGACUGCUGCAUCCGGCUGGAAGAUCUUUCAGAAUGUAGGGACAUCUGGACCUCCUGAUAAGAAGAAAGAAGCAUCAACAACAAUGAAUGUAGCACAGUGAAGACUUAGAGAGAAGAACAAUGCUAAGAGGCUUCUAACAAUGGGCUGCAAUAAUACUGCCCUAGACAGUUGCAUGCUUCCCAAUCUCAGCAUUGCUACUGCUCCUCCAGACUCUAGGUUUGCAUUUUCCACCCCACUCAGGAUAUUGUUGGCAAUAAUAAUGAUAGUGAUGAUUGCUAUUGCUUUUUUGGGCAAUGCCAUUGUUUGCCUUAUUGUCUAUCAGAAGCCAGCCAUGCGUUCAGCAAUCAAUCUUCUCCUGGCAACACUAGCAUUCUCUGACAUCAUGUUGUCCCUUUUCUGUAUGCCCUUUACCGCAGUAACAAUUAUAACUGGGAGCUGGCUAUUUGGAACUCAGUUUUGCCAGAUAUCAGCCAUGCUGUACUGGUUUUUUGUGUUAGAAGGUGUAGCCAUUCUACUUAUCAUCAGUGUGGAUCGUUUCCUUAUUAUUGUACAGAGGCAGGACAAACUAAACCCACACCGUGCCAAGAUCAUGAUUGCUACUUCUUGGGUGCUGUCUUUUUGUAUCUCCUUUCCAUCUGUGGUUGGGUGGACAUUAGUAGAGGUCCCUACACGCGCUCCACAAUGUGUCCUUGGUUAUACAGAAUUUUCUGCUGACAGAGUUUAUGCAGUCAUGCUCAUAGUAGCAGUUUUCUUCAUUCCAUUCAGUGUAAUGCUGUACUCGUAUCUGUGUAUCCUGAACACCGUUAGAAGAAAUGCUGUCAGAAUUCACACUCAUGCAGACAGCUUAUGUCUCAGCCAAGUAAGCAAGUUAGGACUUAUGGGACUUCAGAGGCCUCACCAAAUGAAUGUGGACAUGAGCUUCAAAACCAGGGCCUUCACUACUAUUUUGAUUCUCUUUGUUGGAUUUUCUCUCUGCUGGCUUCCUCACUCAGUAUUCAGCUUACUCUCAGUAUUCAGCAGGACAUUUUACUACAGCCCAUCAUUUUACGUCAUCAGCACGUUUAUCUUAUGGCUCAGUUACCUAAAGUCUGUCUUCAACCCUGUUAUAUAUUGUUGGAGGAUCAAGAAAUUCCGUGAGGCCUGUUUGGAGUUCAUGCCCAAAACAUUUAAGAUCCUUCCAAAAGUACGAGGAAGGACAAGGCGACGGAUUCGUCCAAGCACAAUUUAUGUGUGUGGGGAACAUCAGUCAGCUGUUUAAGGAAACUCUUCAGGGAUAUUUGUGAAACAAGCACAAACCGUGUAGUUUAUCAUUCUAAAAUGGGUUACAUGUUCAUGUAUUUUGGUUUUAAAAUAACUGAUUAUAAAGCACAGGUCUUGUUAGGCCAUAUUCUUGUAUUUCAUAACAAUGCACAGUUAUUGGGAUGAUAAUGAUAAAGUCUCUAGCAGACGGCAUUGCCAUCACUAUUACUGAAUAACACCAGCAAGAUGUGGUACAAGUAGCUCUCAUCCUCAACUGUUACCUGAAAUCAUACAGCAAUCAAUCCUUUUGUUUUAAUGCUUUCUGUAAUGGUAAACAAAAUGUGUCCAUGGAGGGGGGGAAGCAGGGGUUGCUGGUUUUGCUUCAGUGUGGAUGAAAGAGGUUGAAUUAACUUGUGUCUAUUUUUGAGAGAAAUUGAGUGUGUGACUAUCUGUGUGCAACACUCUGUGCGGCAUUGUGUGGGUGUAAGCGGGAGCUUGACCACCUGUGGCUGCCACACCAAAUCACAGUUUCAGCUCCUUUGUAUUUAUUGGGUUAGAAGGUAAGUUUCAUUGCUUUAAGUUUGGUCAGUCAACCUAUUGAUUGCUGGAUCUGCCCAUUUAUCUCAAUAAGUCUACCAUAUCUCAAUAAGUCUCUACAAAAUCUUAAUAUAUAUUUCAUAUCUCAUAUACAAAAAAGUGGUGGUUAGCCUUUUGCAUGCAAUUUUUCAUAUAACUCAUAUAGAACACUUGUAUUAAUUCCAGCUGGGACAACCACAUAAAUGCUCCUGAGAUUGUAUAUUUUUUUACUAAAAUAUUAUUGUAUUCAUUUGGAGUUAUUUUAAUUAUAUAAUGGCAUGUCCCUGCAUUUAAUAUGUGUUGUUGCUGGUCAGCCACUAUUGUUUACAUAUUAGCAUUAAUGAAUGUUAUUUUGUUUACAUUGUAGACUUAUUAAGGUAUAUUUUUAUGGUUAGGUAUAGUUUUUUCUUUUAUGGGGCCAUACCUUUAAUUUAACAUUGUUGUUAAGUCUGCAGCCCCAGUCAAUGGGAAUGUAUUUGGUUGUGAAAACCUGUGAAAAACACCCACACGGGGAAGAUUCUUAGCCUGCGGGUAGAAACAAGCUAAAAACAAGCUCUACUGUACACUAUGAACAACCUUUCCUAUGUUUGCACUUGGGCCAACACAGUGCAGAGAAUUAGUCCCAUUUGGCUUAAGCCUUAACAAUGGUAAAUAUGCUUUACUUUAAAGGGCACCCAAUAAAUGAUGAAACUAUAGUGCAUUACCUCUAUACCUAGUUAAAUGCAAAGGUUCAGGACACCCCUUGCCAAAUGACAUAUUGAGUUUAUUUUGUAAGUGCAAAGUAUGUGCAAUUAUUAAUGCACACGGUCUGCUUGGAAGAGUGAUCAGGUGAAAGGUGCAGCCUUGUCACAGAAUUUAGCGUCUGAGCUAUGCAAAACAGCAUUUUGACCAGUCACAAGCAUUUUAAAAAAAAGUGCUGUUGACUGAUGAAAUAGAAAUGUAUGUAUUUGGGCACAAUCCCCAAAGGUUUGUUUGGAGAAAAAAGGAGCAGCAUUUCAUGAAUAAAACACUUUGCCUACUUAGGGCCUCUCCUACCAUGAGCCUCAGGCAGCAGUAAGCUGCAAGUUACCAGGGGCAGCAAAAUGCAGCCAGUGGCACAGUAAACAUUGUACAUGCAGAGAGAAGAAUGGAUUCCACUGAAUAUCAGUAAAUUCUGGAUUUCAGUGUGACACAUUUGCAAAUAUGUAGUUUAUAAACACACUAAUUGCUGCGGUAGUUGUUUUCUACUUUUUCACCUAUAGAAUUAACCAAAUGUGUCAUUUGGCAUGAGGUGCCCAAACUUGCAGUCAACUGUAUAUACAGUAUUAGUCAAACAAGACAACAGGCUGACACUGGCAUAAUACUAUUAGUUAGUGAUUUUGCCACCCUUAUGAAAAACAUCCUUGGGACAACCAUGGCCAUACAAAUAGGUUAAAUUUAUUGUAAAAUCAAAGCAAUACCUUACAAAUAACUAUGAUUUCCAGUAUAUACCACUGGUAAUAUGAAAUAAAAACAAACUAAACAGCUA